AUGGGUAGAUGUAGAGGAAAAAUGAAAAAACAAUCCCCUAUUGCUCGUGAAGAUAGUUCAAGCUUUGAAGAUGAGAAAGUACCCAUGAAGAGAAGGGGGAGGCCACAAAAAGUAAUGAACGAUGAAAUCAAGAAUGGUGAUGAGUUCGAAAGGUUAGAUGGAAACGAACAAGAAUACGAAAAUGGUGAGGAUGCUAAAAAUCCAGAUGCGAGUAAAAGUAGCAGAAAUGGUGCUACCAUAGAGAAUGGCAAGAAGAGGAAAAGGCCUUCACAGGAAGGUGAAGAUUUAGUCGUAAAAGAGGAAAAUGGCUUGGGGACCACAACUAAUGUGAAUGCCUUGAUAAAAAAUGUGAGCUAUAGACAAAAUGGAAGUCGGAGGAAAAACAAGCCUAGACGUGCAGCUGAGGUUGGCAUCGAGUGA